AUGUCAAUGAACCAUCUCUCUUCAGAUUUUCCAGAAGCCAUCUGGUGGGCACAACAACACCACCACCACAUAAUGGAAUUGCCUGCAAAAGUGUCAUCUUCAAAGCACAAAAACUUCAUGUUUCAGCCUCAAUUGUAUCCAAAAAACACCAUGUUUUGCAACAAAAACACUUCUAAUUUCAGCUUCAAUCUAACCAAUAAAGAAGGCGAAGAACACGAAGAGCAAGAAAAAGAAGGCCAAUUAUACCAGGAACAAGAAAUUCAUAAAGAACCCUUGUUCGAAAAACCACUGACGCCAAGCGACGUGGGCAAGCUAAACCGCCUUGUUAUCCCCAAACAACACGCAGAAAAAAACUUUCCCUUAAAGGGUGGCGAUUCGGGAGAAAAAGGGUUGCUGCUAAGCUUCGAGGACGAGCUUGGAAAAUUAUGGAGAUUCCGUUAUUCUUAUUGGAACAGUAGUCAAAGUUAUGUACUCACAAAAGGGUGGAGCCGUUUUGUUAAGGAAAAAAGACUUAAUGCAGGCGAUAUAGUUCAUUUCCAGCGCGACAGGACUGAUUUCGGCAGAACUUUCAUCGGUUGGAGGCGGAAAAACGGCGGCGCAGGGCAAGACAGGAUUGUUUCUCAGCCACCUACGGUGGCUGGUAGUGGUCAUGGUGGGUGGACCGGAUCAUUCUACCCUGGAUAUCCUUAUCCAUCACACCCUCAAGGAUCUUCACCCCCAUACCUACCUGACUCUCUUCAUGCAGGGACAGAAAUUCAGAACAAAACACCACCAAGUGGGAACUCGAGAAAAUUAAGGUUGUUUGGGGUGAAUUUGGAGUAUGAAUCUGAGCCAUCCACACCAGAUGAGGGUUCAUCAAUUUCGAGCCAGGGUCAGGCCCCCAACUACCAGUUUCAUCAGUAUAAUUACUCCAAUUAUCAUAGUAACAAUCACAUGAUCUCGAUUCAGAGUGGAAAAGGAAUAGCACUUUCCUUUAAGAAAAGGCAGCUUCCGGCAAUCGCUGCUGUGGAACAGCAGUCCGAUAAUCUGAAAUGA